UAUAAAAUGUGCGAAUGUCAUUAGGAAUAUCAUAGAAUGUAUGGGUUCAGUAGACUUUUUUCUUGAAAAUCAAUAAUUUGAAUUAUAUUCAAACAGAAGAUAAAUAGUUGAAUACUAAGUUGCCUGACAACAGGUCACGUGACGAAGCUGAAGGUAAUUUGUUAUUCCUACGCAUAGAAAUAAAAUAGAAACUGAUAUUUUGAACAUGACGGGAAAAUGAUGCUGUACUCAUAAUUUACCUUUUUUAUUCAAGUUAUUCGGAAACAAAUACACAUAGUUUUUAUUUUUAACCACAAAGCCUUACCAUACUGAAAUAUCAUAAUGACCUAUUUGUUAUCGGUGGAAAUAUAAGUGUGUUGUUAGGCUCAACUAGACAUGCGAGUUGAAUUUAGAACACAACCUCUGGAUCUGUGUAGUCAUGAGGUUCAGGGUGUAUAUUAGAAAACAUCCGAUGCUGAAGACCUAGAAUCAACUGAACUACAGCCUCGCUUCCAUCAUGGUAAAAUUAACACUUGACCUCAUUGCCAGGGGCACCUCUGGCUAUACAAAAAAGAAGCGUGAUGAAUCCAUGCAACAGUACCUUCGACGACUGACUCAUUUGUAUUUAGAGGACAGAAGCAUUGAUGAUGUGGGAGAGGAUAUCAGUAUGUGCCGUAAUUUGACAGUAUUAUAUUUGUAUGACAAUCAAUUAAACAAGAUACCAUCUCUACAUCACAACAUGAACCUGACAAUGUUGUACCUCCAGAACAACGACAUAUGUAGAGUAGAAAACCUUUCACCCCUGACACGGCUACAGAAAUUGUAUUUGGGAGGUAACUGUAUAACCGUUCUAGAAGGUCUAGAUAAGAUGGAUAAGCUUCAAGAACUUCAUGUUGAAAACCAAAGGCUACCUCCAGGAGAAAAGCUGUUGUUUGACCCAAGGUCUUUGAAAGGAAUAGCUAUGUCCCUUCAGGUGCUCAACGUGUCCGGUAAUGGACUUGACAGUGUCCGCGAUAUGAUUGGUCUGAGGAAUAUCUCACAGUUCAUGGCCAAUGACAAUGAGUUAAGUGACAUGAAGGACUUGGCACACAACUUUGGUAACUGGCCUUGUCUUUGGAGGCUGGAACUGAUGGGAAACCCUGUAUGUCACAAGGCCAAGUAUCGUGACAGGAUCAUUGUCAUGGCAAAAACUCUUGAGGUGUUAGAUGGAAAAGAAAUAACAGAAACAUCCAGACAGUUCCUUAGAAAAUGGCAUGCAAAUAAAGAAACACAGAAAAAGAAGCGAGAUGAAAUAUAUCAGAGAAGUGCUUACGCAGACUUAGGAGACAGUGUUGACACCAUUGAUGUAUCUACAGGCCUCCACAGAUCAGCUGAGUUGCCCCCUGUAAAGGACCCCGCCCGCCCAGUGAAGAGUAGUCAGAUACCAGGCUACAUGAUGCCAGACAUUAGCCAUUUUACUGAUUUCACUGAGGUUCAGAAGCCCGUAGAUCUGCUAAGAAGCAUAGAAGUGGACUUCCCCGGAAACAAUUUGACGAGUUAUUGGCCCGGACAGCCACAAUGGACCCAGCCUCCAGGGAGAAACAGCCAACUCCAGUGAAAGCUAAGAGUGGGGUGCUCAGAUCAAAACAUGCCGAUGAAUUUGCAACACUACCACCUUCUGCCACAGUGGCAUCUGCACCACUGCGGCGACGCCCGCUUAUGAGCAUGACCUUUGAACUGUCUGGAAACCUUGACAGCACCCAACACAUACACCCGGGGAUGAUCAUACACUGAGUGUGCUGAGUGAUCAUACACAAACAUACAUUAAUAUAGAGGUCACUCAGGCUAACACUGGACAAGAGAGAGGAUAUAUGACAGUGUUCAGUUUCAUACGCAGUGUUCAAUGCUAGAAAUUAACUGUUGGAUGUGUUUUUUCAGCAAUCAUAUGACACAAAGCUUAAGGGUGCUUAAUCUGCUAAGUUAGAGUCUGCAUUGUCACAGAGUACUGGGUAGACAGAACUCCCCAGUGGACUUGAGGAUCUGUAUGACACAGUACUGGGUAGACAGUACUCCCCAGUGGACUUGAGGAUCUGUAUGACACAGUACUGGGUAGUCAGUACUCACCCGUAGACUUGAGGAUCUGUAUGACACAGUACUGGGUAGACAGUACUCCCCAGUGGACUUGAGGAUCUGUAUGACACAGUACUGGGUAGACAGUACUCCCCAGUGGACUUGAGGAUCUGUAUGACACAGUACUGGGUAGUCAGUACUCGCCCGUAGACUUGAGGAUCUGUAUGACACAGUACUGGGAUGACAGUACUGACCCGUAGACUUGAGGAUCAGUAUGACACAGUACUGGGUAGACAGUGUACUCCCCAGUGGACUUGAGGAUCUGUAUGACACAGUACUGGGAUGACAGAACUCACCAGUGGACUUGAGGAUCUGUAUGACACAGUACUGGGUAGACAGUACUCACCAGUGGACUUGAGGAUCUGUAUGGCACAGUACUGGGUAGACAGUACUCCCCUGUGGACUUGAGGAUCUGUAUGACACAGUACUGGGUAGACAGUACUCCCCUGUGGACUUGAGGAUCUGUAUGACACAGUACUUGGUAGACAGUACUAUCCAGUGGACUUGAGGAUCUGUAUGGGUAUACAGUACUCACCAGUGGACUUGAGGAUCUGUAUGACACAGUACUGGGUAGUCAGUACUCCCCAGUGGACUUGAGGAUCUGUAUGACACAGUACUGGGAUGACAGAACUCACCUGUGGCCUUGAGGAUCUGUAUAGUAAUAUAAACCACAUGACGAGACUGGUCACAUGACGAGACUAGUGGUUUAUACUGCCAUUACUGGUAUCACUUGUGGUUCAUUGGGAGAUAUUUCGAUGGUGGAUUUUCACCAAAACAUUAAACAGCAGACAGUCUAUAUGACCAUAUACUUGGAAUUAGUCACUGGUUUUUCUGUAGUGGAACCUGUAUUUAGCAGAUAUCAAACACUGACUUCACUGUAACAAGGGCUAAAUGCAUAUUUUGUUAUGGUUUGAGUUAAGAAGAGAACUGCAAAUUAUGUUUACUGAAUUAUUUUUCAGUGCAAUGUUGUAAGUUAUUAAUGAAAAAAGGCAUCUAAAUGUUAUAUGGAAUGUCUCACAUAUACAGUAUGUUAUAUGGAAUGUCUCAAUGUUAGUGCAUUUAAUUGUUCUCUCAUUUAGCAAAGGCUGACCCAGUGCAACCUUAUCAGUAUUACAAUGUUAAUGUGGAUAUUUAUGAACACUUUCCAAUCUAAAAAGUCAUUAUGAUUUCUAGAAUUAUAUCUGUUGAAUGAACUUUUUUUUCUAUUAAUAAAAUUAUUCUCAAUCUUUCGAAUUGUUAACAGCACAGAUGAGUAUUUUUCCUGUGCAGAGAAAGGUUUUCUGUAGUUUCUGUGUUGAGAUUAGUUUAAUAUUUUGGAUUAUCACUCCGUCCUGUAUUAUGAGGUGCUAUACCAUCAUACCGUCCACUUCCUGUUAAUGAUAGAAUCAUUGUUACUUCGUAUAUAUAUAUAUUGCUCGUUAAGUCUGUGAUAUCAAUUAAAUUAUUCUUUUCUGUAUUGAUAGUGUGAUUUUUUUCAAUUAACAAUAAUUAAUUAACAAGUUAAUGUUUUAAUGGAAUCAUCUGAAUUAGCCAGUGCAGUAUAUACUCUAGGCCUAUGUUGCUACCCCUUAUCAUCUGUAUGUGUAAUGAUUCAUGUUUAACUAGCAAAAACGAAAUAUUUCCUGAUCAUUCUUUUUUCAUGUUAAAUUCAGAGUCUGAUCUGAAAAUAUUUGUAAGUAAUUAUUUAGAAUAUCCAUAUUUUUUACAAUAUUUGAUGUAAAACAAAUUCAUGUGUCUCUUGGAAAGGGAAGUGUAAAUGUGUGAUGGUGUUGAUGUAUGAUGAGGGUGACUGUAUGAUGGGGUGACUGUAUGAUUAGGGCGGCUGUAUGAUGAGUGUGGCUACUAUGAUGGGGUGACUGUAUGAUUAGGGUGACCUUAUGAUUAGGGCGGCUGUAUGAUUAGGGCGACUGUAUGAUUAGAGUGACUGUAUGAUUAGGGCGGCUGUAUGAUGGGGUGACUAUGAUUAGGGUGACUGUAUGAUUAGGGCGGCUGUAUGAUUAGGGCGACUGUAUGAUUAGGGCGGCUGUAUGAUGGGGUGGCUGUAUGAUGAGUAUGGAUGUAUGAUUAGGGUGACUGUAUGAUGAGCGUUGAUGUAUGAUUAGGAUGACUGUAUGAAGAGUUUGGAUGUAUGAUGGGGUGGCUGUAUGAUGAGUAUGGAUGUAUGUUUGGGUGGCUGUAUGAUUAGGGCGGCUGUAUGAAGAGUUUGGAUGUAUGAUUGGGUGGCUGUAUGAAGUGUUUGGAUGUAUGUUUGGGUGGCUGUAUGAUUAGGGCGGCUGUAUGAAGUGUUUGGAUGUAUGAUUGGGUGGCUGUAUGAAGUGUUUGGAUGUAUGAUUGGGUGGCUGUAAGAAUGUCAGUAAUUUGCAUGAAAAUGAAUGAGUCUGAAAAUAACUUUUUAUGAGUGAAUCUUCAAAAGAUGAUUUAUUUCUACAGACAUUGCCCAAGAACAGAUCUUUUGCAUGAAGUAACUAUUUGAAUUAAUCACAUACAUGUAGUUGUAUUUCAAAUACGAAAAUAGGAAGUUUCACUCUUUGUGCAUAUAAAAUCCUCCUACCUUUGUGUAACUGAAGCUAUCCUACAAGGUACAGUUGUAUGUAAUAUGUAUUAGAUACUGUUUAAGUGGAGGGGAAGCAUCUGUUACGUGUGUGUGUGGGGGGGGGGGGGGAGGAACUGGUUAUGUAUGGGAAUAGACAAUAAGCUAGUCAUAUUUAAUGUUUGUGUGUGAUUUAUGUCUGUAAAGGAAACAUUAACAGCCAUGCCUGUUUUUUUGUAGCUGGGGUAAUUGUGUUUGUGUUACUUGAAACUAUUCAUCAGAAACUUUUUAUUAAGUUUCUUAAUAAUCUUUUCAUUUUGUCUUUCAUAGUUUUUAUUCAUUUUUCACUUUAUGUCUGUUAAAUCAUUUAAAGGGCAUUUGACCACAGAAUCACUGAUCAGUCUUCAUGUUUAGGAAUGUAUUGAUAGAAUUGUCCUUAUUGUAGCUGAUAAGUGCUUAUGUAUCCAGAUCUGGGUAAAUUUACAGCAAGGUGUUAAUGGCUGUGAUUUAGAUUUAUAUCUGUUAGGUAGUCAUCAGUAUUUUACUUAUCAGUGUUGCUGUGAAGUAUAUUUUCUAUAUUGAUUAAACAAUGAGUAUUAAUUUUCGCUAUGUCAGCCCUGUAGUACAGGGCCCAUACACUACCGUUAGGGUACCGGGUACUACACACAGGUUAACUGGUGGUGGAGGGCUCCAUAAUGUUAGUUUAUAUAAAUAUUUGUCAUGGAGGAAGUUAAGAAUAUGGGCAGGACUAAUUUAAGUAAAUUUGGGGGAAGUUCACUUCAGAUGGACUAUAUGUUAAGGGGUUAUUUGAGAACAUGGUAAUUAGUUUCUGUUAAAAAUAUGGUAGUUUGACAGGACAUGAGAUUGGGAGGUUGGGGAUAAGAGAGUACAUCAAACAAGAUGGACAUCACCAUCAUUGUCAGCUUCCACAACAUUUUAAAUCUGCAUCAUUAAAGUAUGAUUGGCGACAAAAUAACAUGUGUAAUAUAACUCCUUGGUACGACUUUGAAGAUUUUUUUUAACCAUUCCAUGCUAAUUUUUAUCAUUUAUUUUAUUGAUUCUGUCACUGUGACUUUGAUUUGACACUGUCAAUAACUUCCUAAUGUGUUCAGUAUAUAAUCCCUGUGUGCUAUGUAUAUUUUUACCUAGAUAUGUUAUUUUGUGUCACUACCCACUUGACCAGGUGAUAAACACAUUUGGUUUUUAAACUUAAUAUAUAUUUUUAUUUGCUUUUGUUUGACAUGAGCUGAUAGGAAGUAAUGCUAUUGUUUUAUAUGCUUUGUUGUCUUUGGGAGGGUAAUUUUGGACAUAGGUACACAGACAUGAUACUUGCCCCAUCAUGUCUGUGUACCUAUCAGUUUUACAGGUGUAUAGGGACCAGGGGUUUUACCUAACAGUGAUAUAUAUUUUGAAUGAAAAAUUGGUCAGAGAUGUACAACAUGUUUUAUAAUUACUUUUUUUAUUUUUCAUUCUUGUAGGCUUUAUAUAUUCAAUGUUGAUCUAUUGUGUUUACACUUAAACUGACCAUUGUCCAGUUAGGGUAGUGGGUGUCACACUGUUGUUUUUAAAUACCCUAUGUGAUAAUUUGGGGAAAGGUAGGCAUGCACAGGAAUAGAAAUUGCUGUACCACCAUCAAAUCAAAUUUCAAAGAUAUGACCACUUUUUUAUUUUUCACAUAAAAUUUAGAAGAAAUUUUAGCAAGAUCGAAGAAACACGUGAUUUCAUUAUGUUACACGUGACAUUUUGUGUACAUUUACAUGUGUCGUCGGAGUACUUUGUGUAGGGAGACACUACUAGUAUAAGUGUGCACACACAUUGGGAGACACUGCACAUAUGUAGAGGCCAACCCUUAUGUGAGUAGAUUUUUAUGUAUGGGGGACACUACAUGUGUGUAAUUGUAUACAUAUGUUAGACAAAUAUUAUGUAUGUGUGCAAAGUGUAGCAUGUUACUUGUGUGUAGGUGUGCAUAUGUGUGGAGGACACUAUAAAAUACACACAUGGAAAGAAAACUGUCUAAUUGAACAUGUGCAUAGGAAAUUUUGCAUGUAUGUUUAAGCACAUGUGUAGGGAUGUAGUGUAUCGCAAACAAUUGCUCAAUUUAUGUUACUGGGUGGAUGGAAACAAUUUUUGUCUCUGUUAUCAAUGCAAACAUAGAAAUAAUAAAGAAAACAUGGAAAGUUUA